AUGAUAUCAGUUGGUAGUAACACAACCAAGAUCAGAAUCACUGAGUUCGAUGAGGAUUGGUUCCCCUUCCAGUUUGACAUUGUGAAGAAUCCUUACGCGAUAGAGGGGUUGGUUGGAGAGAACAAGGAACAAGAAGAAGACGACGCCGAUGGGGCUUCUGACACCUGGGGGCAAUUAGAUGAUCGUAAACUAGAAGAGGUUGAAAUCAAUACUCAUAACCAGCCGUACGAACCACCGUUACAAGAUAAGAAACAAGCAGUGGAAGAGAACAACAUUACAAUGGAAAUUGAACUGGAAACCAAUGUUCCGCCGGAGGAUAACCAACAGUUUUCGGAAAACAACAUCGGAAUGGAAGAAGGUGAAAGGUAA